AUGAAUAGCUUUGGAGGUAUGGGAGGUAUGCCAGAUAUGAGUCAAUUUGGAAACAUGCCCGGAAUGGGUGGUAUGCCAGGAAUGGGAGGUAUGCCAGGAAUGGGCGGUAUGCCAGGAAUGGGUGAUCUGGAUUUUAGUAAGCUAGGAAAUAUGGGUGAUGAUAUGGCCAACUUUUCAGGACUAGGAGGAAUGGAUCAGUUUAAGAACAUGCCUAAUAUGAAUGGCAUGAACGACGACGACUCCAGUUCGUAUGGCGAUGACACGAGUGAUGAGGAUGAUGAUGAUGAAGUUGAUGAGGAGGAGGAAGACGAGGAAGAUGGUGAUAGCAAAAAUGAUGCAGAUAAAGUUCACGAGUGCAAGGACGCCAAGUGCAACAUGGAGAAGGAUGGUAGGCAUGACGAAGAUGCCAAAAUUCAGGACCCAAUAGUGGAGGUGCAGGAACCGGUAGCAUAG